AUGAGAAAUUUGAUGAGAACUGCAAUAUCUUCUGUUUGCUAUUUGAGAAAUUUAUUUCCUGAGGAUUGUUUUCAAGACAAGUCUCUGAGUGGAAUCCAAAUCAAGUCUCUUCAGCCUUCAAAUGAGGAGGCAAGAACACUUAUCGAUUGGUUAGAGAAGGGUGUGUUUGAAGCCUUGAAGAAGAAAUAUCUGAGAACUAUAAUCUUUGGAGUCUGUUCUGAUCCAAGUAGAGAAAUUGAUUCAAUGCUUGAGAGCUAUGAAUGUAAGUAUUACACAAACUGGUUUGUUCAAUUAUCUGCUCUAUCAGUCAAAGUAACCUAUCCGGAUAAGGAAGAAGGCCAGUUGAACAUCUCAAGAGCAGCUGAUUCGAACAAGACUAAUAAGAAGAUUGGAAUUAAAGGAACUCAAACCAAACAAGAAAUUACUCAAUCAAUGGUUAUGAUGCUUAGAACCCUCAUCACUCUUGCUCAGACACUUCAACCAAUUCCAGAAACUAGAUAUAUUACCAUGAAACUACUCUACUAUGAAGAUGUUACUCCUAGAGAUUAUGAGCCAUCUUUCUUUAGAGCUUUGAGAGAGGAUGAAUCCAGAAAAUUCAAUCAAGAUUUUGUCAAACUGAAGAUUGGGCAAGUUCAAACUCAAUAUCACUCGUUGAAUAUUCGUGUAAGAACCGCAUCUGAAUCAUUUGAAGAUGAAGAUGGUAAAUCAGUCACCUCAGAGAUGUUAUCCUCCUGCCCUAUAGACAAGAAUAAUUCACAUCCAACCUCCUCUCAAUGGGCUGUCAAUGUACCAGAGAAUAAGCUCGAAACAAAGAAGGAAUAUGAUAGCGAUUCGACUCAGCUUUCCCAACAGGAUGACAACACUAAGCAAUCAAGCAGUUGUGAAGAGAAAUUAUUCCUUGCAGAUUUGGAAAAGAUUGGUUGGUUCAAUUUCCAACUCAAAUCUGUCAGUAAACUAUUAUCCAACAAGUAUCCAUCUGUCACGGGCGAAAUAGCUAAAGAAUUGGUAAUUGCCAAGAGAACCAAACUGGUCAAAGAUAUGGAAGAUCAUGAGAAGACCUAUUACAAAGCACUUGCAUAUGUUUUAGAAGAGGAUCAUAUUACAGCAAGUUCUCUAUCCAGUGAAUUAGAUAUCAGUUCCUACUCAGCAACCAAGUUAAUCUCCCAAAUGGAAAAGGAGGGUCUCCUUAAAGCUGCCUCAACAAAGAGAAAAGGGAAGAAGGUAAUGCACAACAAUAAGAGACUUGAAGAAGCAAAAGAGUUCAUUGAAUUUGAACAGUAUUUGAAGCAACCUAAGACUGAAUCCACCUCCUCUCCAUCCAAAUCACCAGAAGCUAAAAAGAAGCAAGAAUUUGAUUAUUCGGACUCUGAUUCAGAAAUUUCAAAUCAUGAAGAGAGUGAUAUCAAACCAACUCCCAAAAAGGCUGUUCAUUCCUCACCAACCGUCACUAGUCCACCAAAGCAACCUGAAUCAGUUGAUAAAAGAGGUGUAAAGAGAAAGACUAUUUCUCAAUUUGAAGUCAGUCACAGUCAAGAUGAAAUAACUGCCAAUGAUAGAGAGAAUGAAGAAAAUCCAUCAUCUUCUAAGGUGGAUUUGGAUUCAAUCAACUACAGUUACUCAAUUUUGUGA